AGCAAAAAUAACGCAGCUGAUUUAGUUAGCCGCGGCCUUGAACUGGACGCGCUUAUCAAUAGCUCGUUCUGGUUUAAUGGACCGCCCUUUUUGCGUGAACCAGAAUCGAACUGGUUACCUAGCACUUUGUCGCGCACUUCUGAAAUAAUACCGGCCGAUUUACCUGAAUUAAAAACACACACAAUUAGUAUGGCAAGCCAAAUUGAUACCGAUACAUUCCAAUUCGACAAGUUUUCAUCUUUUAACCGCUUACGACGCGCGGGUGCCUAUGUUUUAAGAUUUAUAAAUAACACACGCAUUAAAAAUAAAUUAAAUCGUAAAACUGGCCCGCUGACUGUUGACGAAUUGAAUGCAUCGAUACAACAUCUGGCGCGCCUUUCGCAAAUAAAAUCUUUUCCUGUUGAGUACGAUAAGAUGAUAAACAAUAUACCUAUUAAACACGCGCGUGGAAUAAAUAAAUUAAAUAUUUUUCUAGGCGCCGAUAAAUUGAUAAGGGUCGGUGGUCGUAUUAGUAACGCAUCUCAUUUUACAUACGACAAAAAACAUCCGAUUUUGAUUUGUUCGAAACAUCGUUUCACACAACUUUUGUUUCAGAGUGAACAUAUACGCUUACUGCAUGCUCCGCCUAGUCUCCUGUUGUCUACUGUCAAAGACUGCUGGUGGCCGCUCGGAGGCACUAAUUUAGCCAAGCGAGUGGUACGCAACUGCGUGACCUGCAUUCGCAUGAAGGCACAGACGUUCGCGCCUAUUAUGGAUCCCAACGACCUCUCCGCAUUAACUCCAGCUCAUUUCCUUAUUGGCCGACCGCUGACAGCACCCCCCUGCAAGGACCUGACGGCAGAAACGGGCCGGCUCCCACGCUACGAGAUGCUGGAGAAAAUGCGACAACACUUUUGGCAGCGAUGGUCGAAACAAUAUAUUUCUGAGCUGCAGACCAGAACUAAAUGGCAGACGCAAGGCCAGGAUAUCGUUCUAAACGCUUUAGUUUUGGUGAAAGAAGAUAAUCUACCACCCCUCAAAUGGCGUUUGGGCCGGGUGGUAGCUUUGUUCACAGGCAACGACGGAGUGUCUCGCGUCGCUGACGUAAAAACAGCGAACGGGACCAUACGAAGGGCAUUCACCAAACUUUGCCCUCUCUUGAUGCCGCCAGAGGGCGACACUGCGCCUACCUCAUCCGCAUCACCACUACCACAUUGAAAGCGGGUGCUUUCAAGGCCGGGGGCAUGUUCGCGAGCACAGCGCCAUCUAGCGAACCUCCCAAGAAGAGGACGAGUUCCACACACGGCCGCGCGGGGGCGCGGCGACAGCCUCUCCCACUUUACCAUCCUCUACGACACGGCACACAAGCCGCUCUCGCGAUUUUUGCAAUUUUAUAUAGAAUCGCCAUACAUAUCAAAUAAUUGUUAAAAUUCAUUUAAUUAAGUAAAAUAAAAUCAUUUCGUAAAAUCAAAAA